CAGAUACUUUAGUUCUUUUCUUGAGAAAUAAUCCACCAGCGAGGGACUUCCUCUUCCUCUUCUCCUCCUCCUCCUCCUUCUCCUUCUCCUUCCUCCGCCAUUGCUAGGGUUUGGAUUGGCAUCUUCAUAUUCAGAACAAGGCUCGCGAUUCGUGAAGAGAUUCCGGGUUUUGACUUUUUGAACAAAAAUGUCGACGUCUUAUCUCCCGGCAACAACUGAUUCGGUUGCUCAGGCUUUAGAGGCCAAAACUCCAUCAGAAUCUAUAUCUAUCCUGUACCGUAUUCUUGAAAACCCUUCAUCGUCCCCUGAAGCCCUCCGAAUCAAAGAGCAGGCCAUCACUAAUUUGUCAGAUCUUUUGAGGCAGGAGAAUCGGGCAGAGGAUCUUCGUAGCCUUCUGACCCAAUUGAGGCCUUAUUUUUCCUUGAUUCCAAAGGCAAAAACCGCAAAAAUUGUUAGGAGUAUAAUCGAUGCAGUGGCUAAGAUUCCAGGCACAUCUGAUCUUCAGAUUUCUCUUUGCAAAGAGAUGGUUCAGUGGACCCGUGCAGAGAAGCGAACUUUCUUGCGGCAAAGAGUCGAAGCGAGGCUUGCGGCACUUCUGAUGGAAAAUAAGGAAUUUGUCGAAGCACUAAACCUACUUUCAGGUUUAAUUAAGGAAGUGAGAAGACUCGAUGACAAGCUUCUGCUGGUGGACAUUAACUUGCUGGAGAGUAAGCUUCAUUUCUCCUUGAGAAAUCUUCCCAAAGCCAAGGCUGCUCUUACAGCAGCGAGAACAGCUGCAAAUGCCAUUUACGUGCCUCCAGCUCAGCAGGGCACCAUAGAUUUGCAGAGCGGGAUUCUUCAUGCUGAAGAGAAGGAUUAUAAAACAGCAUACAGUUAUUUCUUCGAGGCAUUUGAAGCAUUUAAUGCUCUCGAAGAUCCAAGGGCAGUGUUUAGCCUCAAGUACAUGUUGUUAUGCAAGAUUAUGGUAAAUCAGGCGGAUGAUGUAGCAGGAGUAAUAUCAUCCAAGGCUGGUUUGCAAUAUGUGGGGCCAGAGCUUGAUGCCAUGAAAGCUGUUGCUGAUGCCCACUCGAAGCGAUCCUUGAAGCUAUUUGAGACUGCACUGAGGAAUUUCAAAGCCCAGCUGGAGGAAGACCCAAUUGUCCACAGGCACCUCUCUUCCCUGUACGACACUUUGUUAGAACAGAAUCUCUGCAGGUUGAUUGAACCUUAUUCUAGGGUCGAGAUCUCCCAUAUUGCUGAGUUGAUCGAAUUGCCCGGGGAUCACGUGGAGAAGAAACUGUCCCAAAUGAUUCUCGACAAGAAGUUUGCUGGGACUUUGGAUCAGGGUGCCGGAUGCCUCAUCAUUUUCAACGACCCUAAGACUGAUGCUCUCUACCCGGCAACACUGGAAACCAUUUCCAACAUCGGCAAGGUCGUGGAUAGCCUGUACGUGAGGUCUGCUAAGAUCAUGGCUUGAGCUUCUCGGACUUGCUGAGGCAGUUGUUGGUGUUGCCGCAUGCCUGUCCUUGCGAAGGCCGUGUCGCGGUCGAGCUUACUUCAUGGAACUGGGAGCUAAUUGCCUUUUCCUUGAUGGAUUUAUCUUUUUUCUUUCUAAUUUGUUCCCUUUGCUUUGCUAGACUCGCAUCUUUCCGUGUCCUUAACUUUUAGCUAGCUGCAGCUCCGCAGUUGGAUGAGACUAGCUUUGACCAAUUGGGUCAAUUUCCUUCAUCUUAGGCAUGAUGUGCUUGGACAAAGAUCGGUUGGUUUAUCUCAAAAUUGCCCUUCAUUUUCA